GGUUCGCACUAUGCGGCAGAAUUAAAUACCUAGGCGUCCUGCGGGGAACAAUUUCUAAGUAAAGCGGCUCCGACGGACGAGUGGGCAGAACCCCGGCCCGACCAGAAUCCAUCCACCGAGAACAUGGAAUAUCUAGAUGAGCAAAUUGAGUGAGGAACAGUGCUAACCAGUGUCCUAAAGUGAUUAACUGUGCUACCGUGUGUGCGUGGGAAGAGAGGGGUGGAAAUUUGGGAAAUACUAAAAAGAAUAAAAAACAAUUAUCAAAAUGAGAUCGGAUUUGACGGACGAUAGGAAUAUUCUGCAAAUAGCAGCAGCCGAAAUCGCCGAAUCGUCUGACACUAGUGGAUUCUUCGAAAUCAACAGCAACGGAUCUAACGGCCAGAAUGGACACCGAUCAGACGACCUGUUGCAGCUACCAAAUGAAUACUUAACUGGCAGUAAUCAGAGAACCGCUUCCAGACCUAAACGAACCGCAAGGCGACUACAAACGGAGUGUACCCUCGAUCCGGACAUGACCGACUCGAGCUCGCAGAGUGACGACACUAGUUGCGGCAGCAGCCGCAAUGGAAGCCGCGCCGGUAGCACCCACGGCGGCCGGCACGUUUCUUCCCAUUCCAGUCAUCAUCUGCAAACCAGCGCGGCGGCAGCCGCACGUCGUCGAAAAGGCGUCCUCAAUGCCAAGGAACGGAACCUGCGGCGGCUCGAGUCCAACGAGCGGGAACGGAUGAGAAUGCACAGCCUCAAUGACGCAUUUCAGUCAUUACGAGAAGUCAUACCGCACGUCAAGAAAGAACGUCGCCUGUCCAAGAUAGAAACGCUAACCCUGGCCAAGAACUACAUUACCGCCCUCACCGAUGUCAUCAUCGUCAUGCGAGGUGAAGGGGACACAUCCUCUGGCGGCGGGGGUGGCGGUGCUGUCAUCGCUGCAUCCCCGGUGGCCUCGGUUACGACGAAUGCACUACAGAACAACUGCAUCCUGAAAACGGACGUCACCGAUCUUCGACAUCCUCAGCAACAGCACCACCACCACCCAGAUCAGAUUUCGUCCAAUAUGUCCAUACUUGAUGGACUGAACAACGGAAUGUGUCAGCAUCAGCUUCUCCCCCAGCACAACCACAGGGGUAGUGAUAACAACGAUAGCAGCAACAACAAUACCCACAAUAACAACAACAACAUCAGCAUGGUGGAUUUCAACAGGAUUACUAGCGCUAGCAGUAGCAGUAACGGCUGUAAUGGCAGCACCACGGGAUAUUCGCUGAGUAACCCGGAUGGAUCCAGCUAA